AUGGCAGCAAGUAGGUUCGAGUAUGUUCGAUUGUUUGAGCAGUCUACCUCUCUUUUGCGCAACACCUGGAUAGUAGUUCGUGUAGACGGUCAUGGAUUCCAUCGAUUCUCCAAAACUCACACAUUUGCCAAGCCAAAUGAUACUCGAUCCAUCAGAUUGCUCAACCACUGCGCUGCUGUCGUAAUGCGGGAGUUUAAUGACAUUGUGAUUGCAUACGGACAGUCUGAUGAAUUCAGUUUUGUGUUUCAUCCUUCUACAACCCUCUAUGGUCGACGAGAGGCCAAGAUCAUCACCAACUUGUGUAGUAUUUUUACUUCUAGCUUUGUAAUGAAUUGGCCUACUUUUUUCCCAGAAGAUACGCUGCAGUAUCCGCCUUCCUUUGACGCUCGUGCAGUGUGCUAUCCAACCGUUUUGAAUCUUAAAGACUAUCUUUCUUGGAGACAGGCCGAUUGCCAUAUCAACAAUCUGUAUAAUACUGCUUUUUGGGCACUUGUUCUUGAUCCCAAGGAACCAAAAUCGGAAACUGAGGCAGAAGCUAUCCUUCGUGUAACAGACGCAGCAGCCAAAAACGAGCUAUUGUUUAGUAGAUUUGGAAUCAAUUACAAUACAAUCGACCCGCUGUUUCGUAAAGGAAGUGUCUUGUUUCGACAAAAAACAAAGUCUGUGGAAAAGAUUAGAGAAGAUGGUUCACCUGUCAUGCGAGACAGAUCUGAAAUUAAAACGGAGCAUGUCGAUAUUAUUGGAGAACAGUUUUGGGAGAGUAUGCCAAAUAUUUUGACAUGAGUGAUGAUUAAAAAAUCAAUUGGCAAGAUGAAACACUGGACUUUUUUCAAGAGAUUUUAGCAGGCAUUCUCAUUCAAUAAAAACGGUAUUAUCUGGU